AUGACAAAGGUAACUGUUAUAAUUCUAUUUUUUGCACAAGCUCGAGAAUUAGCCAAAUUGAAUAAAACAACUCUUCAAGUUCCACAAACUUUGUUUGUACACGAAUUGCGUUCUAUAUUGGUUGAAAAAUAUAAUUUGACGACUAUAGGAAACAUAUUUAUACUAGCUGUCAAUGAGAUUUACAUAUCAGACAAUUUGCGUAUUACCUUACAAGAAAAUGAUGUGUUGGCUGUUAUCCCACCUAUAAGUGGAGGUAAGUAAUUAAUAAACAACCACAAAUUGUUAAUAAUAAACAUUAUAAUAUUAAUAUGUAUUUUCAGGUUAA